UGUCAUUAGUAAAGUGGGUGGGUCCUUGUGGUGAAGUCUUAUUGGGCUAUUAAUGGGCUGUAUAUUUGCUCGCGCGCUUAUGAGUUUAUGAUCCUCGUCGAUUUUGUUGCUAAUCAUAAAUUUCGAGUUUCUCUUUAUAUGGUCCCCGCUAUCUAUAUGUUGUGAGUAUCAAUUCAUUCAUGGACUUAUGGGCCUUGCUAAAGAAUAAAGAUACAGUAUAUACGGUUUAUUACGUUAAUGGCAUUGUAAAUUUACAUAUUGACAAGGAAAAAAAUUGUUUUAGAUACGUCCAACUUGACAUAUGGUAGUUGAAAUGGUAAUUUAUGUGAGCAGAGAUGCAAAGUAUGAUCACGUAAUUCUUGAAGGUAUAAACACAAAAGUGCAAUAGAUAUUUUAUCACAAUUUCACGGAUUUUCCGAGAUUAAAAGUUGAAACCAUUAAGAUACUACUACUCUCUAGUCUAGUUCUAGUAGCAUAGGCAAAAACCGGUUUCGUUUGGUUUAGACAAAUUGAUGGCUCAAAAAGAAAAAUAUCCAGAAGUACCGUCUCGGUUUCAUUUGGUUCAGGAGAAAAUCAGUGAUUUAACCGGCUAUUAAAAUGAAACAUUAGACGGUUAGUCAUUUUUUAGCUGGAUAAUAUUGUUUUUUUAAUAUUGAAUUUACAAAAAAGGAAAUUUGAAGGAAGAAGGGAGAAAGAGAACCUAAAGUGGCGGGAUUCCAAUAUUCACCACCAAACCCUACAAAAAGCUUUCUCUCCCAUUUCGAGUGGCGAUCCGAUUCUCACUCUCUCUCUUUCUCUCGCUUCAAUAUUUUUUCUCGAGAAAAUUUUCGAUAGAAAAUCCAACGAAGAAAAAAAAAGAGGUUCAUCAUCAUCAUCAGCACGAGAUCUAUAUCUUUCCUUUUCUCUCACUCCUCACUAAUCAAUGCCGUGAUUUUCCCGAAUCGUUUUGACGCAAGAGAUCACACAAUGGAGAAGAAGAAGUAUCCGAUAGGGCCAGAGCACUACACCAUCUACGAGGUCAUCGGCCAAGGCUGCAGUGCUCUAGUGCAUCGCGCCUUGUGCAUCCCUUUCGACGAAGUCGUUGCUAUUAAGAUUCUCGAUUUCGAACGAGAUAACUGCGACCUGAACAAUAUAUCUUGUGAAGCGCAGACGAUGAUGCUCGUUGAUCAUCCCAAUGUGUUGAAAUCGCAUUGCUCUUUCGUUAGUGACCACAAUCUGUGGGUUGUCAUGCCUUACAUGUCUGGUGGCUCUUGCCUUCACAUUCUUAAAGCUGCUUAUCCUGAUGGCUUUGAGGAAGUUAUUAUCGCCACUAUGCUCCGUGAGGCCUUGAAGGGAUUAGACUAUCUCCAUCAGCAUGGUCACAUUCAUCGUGAUGUCAAAGCGGGGAAUAUUCUGCUUGGUGCUCGUGGUGCAAUCAAGCUGGGUGACUUUGGUGUAUCUGCUUGUCUCUUUGAUUCAGGUGAUAGGCAACGGACGAGGAACACGUUUGUUGGAACGCCUUGCUGGAUGGCACCUGAAGUCAUGGAGCAGUUACAUGGCUAUGACUUCAAGGCUGAUAUUUGGUCGUUUGGUAUAACUGGGCUAGAGCUUGCACAUGGACACGCUCCUUUCUCUAAGUAUCCACCAAUGAAGGUCCUGCUUAUGACCUUGCAAAACGCACCACCAGGGCUGGAUUACGAAAGAGACAGGAAGUUUUCAAGGUCUUUCAAGCAGAUGAUUGCCAGCUGUCUAGUCAAAGACCCUUCUAAACGCCCAUCUGCGAAAAAAUUGUUAAAGCAUUCCUUUUUCAAGCAAGCAAGGUCAAGUGAUUACAUUGCUCGAAAACUUCUGGAUGGGUUACCAGAUCUUGUUAAUCGUGUUCAGGCAAUAAAGAAAAAGGAAGAAGAUAUGCUUGCACAAGAGAAAAUGGCAGAUGGAGAGAAGGAGGAACUGUCCCAGAAUGAAUAUAAGAGAGGUAUCAGCGGGUGGAAUUUCAAUCUCGAUGACAUGAAAGCCCAAGCUUCCUUGAUCCAGGACAUAGAUUGUGGCUUCUCGGAGAGCAGUUUAUCUGAAAGUACAACUUCGUUGCAGGCUCUAGAUACACAUGAUAUGCAACCGGAGACUCAGGAGGAUAUUGGUCAACUGGCAAAUAAGCAUCUCCAACCCCUGAUUCACCGAACUCUAAGUAUCGCAAGGGAUAAAUCUGAUGAUGAAAGUCUUGCCAGCCCCAGUUAUGAUAACUACGUAUAUUCAUCUCCCCAUCAUGAGGAUCUAUCUUUAAAUAAUACAACUGUUGCAAGUACGCAUGCAAGCAAUGGGAAAUCAAUGGAUUCCACAUCUGUCGCUACCAAUCAGCCAACAGAGAUUCCAGCAGGCAAUUGUGUCAAUAAGGGAGAGAGUGAUAAAACCCAAGAUCAUCUUCAAAAUGGGGCACAUCCUACAGUGGGAGGAGAUGAAGCACCAACGGAGAUGGCUGUUAAACCACCCAAAGCAGCAGCGAGCCUAGAUGAAUCUGACGACAAAUCAAAGCCGCCAGUUGUGCAGCAAAGAGGACGUUUUAAAGUAACUUCUGAAAAUCUCGACAUCGACAAGGUAGUUCCAUCUCCAAUCUUGCAAAAGAGUCACAGCAUGCAGGUUGGUAAUAGUAUUGAGGUGCUCAGCCAACAUUCUGCUGCUUCUCUACCUCCCUCUGUUUCAGGAUCUGAUGUCGCUUUACCAAAUCUAACCAGCUCAUACGUUUACCCGCUGGUGUAUCCAGUUCUGCAAACCAAUAUAUUGGAAAGAGAGAACAUUCUGCAUAUGAUGAAAGUACUCUCCUACAGAGAACUGACAGACGUACGUUCAGGUGAACCAGGAGGCUUACACCAACCUAGUGGAGCUCCUACUGAGAAAUCAAUGCUUGAAGCAGCACACGAAAGAGAGAAAGAGUUGCUCCACGACAUAACCGACCUGCAAUGGAGGCUCAUUUGUGCAGAAGAAGAGCUUCAGAAGUACAAAACCGAACAUGCCCAAGUUUGAUUUCCUAAGAAACCUGAGAAAGAAGAUGUGUGGCUAAGUAUAAGAAGUGUGUAUCAUCCUCAGCAAUAAGUAUUUCAAUAAGAUAUAAUACAUCUAACGAAGGCAAGAUUUGCUUUUCAGUUUGUUUUGUAAUUUGAUUCAUACGUACUUCACUCCCAACUAUCUCUUUGUGCUAUUUUAGGUAAGGAAUAUGUAGUAUAUGUACCAUGGUAGCUAUUUUAUAACCAUGGUUACAUAAUGAUUUGUGUAAUACUUGAUACGAAAAGAGUAAUGGAGAAGCAUCUUCGUAAUA